AUGUUUGUUCCUUCAAAUCUUCUACCCCACUGGCUUGACGUCCUGCUGUCUGAAAAGUUCUACAACGCUUGCAUAAUUCAUGAGGAGGCAAAGAAGAACGAGAAGAACAUCUACUGUUUGGACUGUUGCAUGAGUCUCUGCCCUCACUGCUUGAACCCUCAUCGCCCUCACCGACUUUUGCAGAUAAGGAGGUAUGUUUACCACGACGUUGUAAGACUGGAUGAUGCUGCCAAGCUAAUUGACUGUUCUUCUGUUCAAUCAUACAUAAGCAACAGUGCAAAAGUGGUGUUUUUAAACCAAAGGCCACAAACAAGGAAUUGCAGGGGCUCCGGCAACAUCUGCAGCACCUGUGACAGGAGCCUGCAAGACCCAUAUCUGUUUUGCUCCCUCUACUGCAAGAUUGAUUACGUUCUAAGAACAGAAGGUGGUCUGUCCAAGUACCUUCUAGAGUGCAAAUUCAUGUCCUUACCCGAAUCCGGUUUAGACGACGGUCAGAUGACUCCUGACUCGGUUCUUGAACCGGCCGGUUCAACCCGAACCUCGUCGGGGUCAUGCGGGUUCGGUGAGGUGGGGUGUCUGGCCCUAGCCUGUACUGCCACGACCGAGAUUGUGAGGAAAAAGAGGAGUAGCAUGUCAACGUAUCGGACAGCUUGUCGGCCGGUUUUUUCGCCAGUCUCCGAAAUUUCGGCCGGGUUGAUGAACCGGCGAAAGGGGACGCCACAUCGGGCUCCGCUGUAUUGA